AUGAUUAAACUGUUCUCGCUCAUCUUCCCCUUCGUACUAAUUUCGAGUACCGUAUCGAGGAUCGUACUGCUACACAACAACAAAUGGAAUCCACAUUACGGUAAGAUGACAAAAUAUAUAUAAAGACAUCAUUACUGUGAUUCAUAAGAACUUUAGACAUACUUUGACAUCAAAAAAGCGUUUUACUUUCUACAAAUUGUUACCUAAAUUUCAGGUAACCCUGGUGUGAAACUGCGGUUAACCCAACGUGGCGCUGAACAUCUCAAAAAUGUAGGUGUAAAGCUACUGAACGAACGGAUAGCUCAACUACAAGGAUUCCAUGUGCAACACUCAUUCUCUCAACCGGGAAUCGAAGGCUACAUUCAUGUAAACGACAUCAAAACUCUAAGUUUCCAGCCUCCAUCAGCUUCGUUCAUCAAGUUUUCAGCACCGUCCUUUAUCACCUUCGCCAUUGAAAACACAGCCAUAUCGUAAGCUUUCCGUAGCCAAUUUACAUUUCAUAGAAUUUAAAAAAACCAAAUUUACGUCAUAAAUGGUUAACAGAGAAAGUAAAAUUUAACUUGACCAACUAAAACAAACCCUUUAGACUAGCAGGACGAUUCCUGGGAGUGGCAGGAGCUGGUGUCUUCCAAGUCCCCGGCCAAGUCAGCGGGCAUAUGUCUGGAAUGUCGGUAUCAUUAACAACAUCGUUCCGAGCAACUCAAGACGGCCUUAUGGCUGUGAAUGUGGUUAACUGCUCCACCGUAAUCCAACAAAGCAACUUUGUACUCCAACCAGAAGGACCACUCAGUACCAUCGUCAAAACUUUUGAGGUAUGAACAAGUUCAAGUUUGACUAUCCCCUUCCUUUUAUUUAUGUCAUUCGUAUACAUUUACGUCCUAAACAAAGAAAUCUUGCAUUAUUUUAGGCUCAAAUAAACGAUGUUAUUCGUCAGAGAAUACCAUCCAUAUUCUGCAAAGGCCUUCAAGAUAUUAUUGAAAAGAACUCACCCAAUCUGUUCAGAAGACUGGCUACUGCACAACUACAAGAUCACUUCCAAGGCUUUAAUUCGUCAGAAGUCAUCGAGAGCUUCAUCCGACGGUUUACUCACGGUCUUUACAUUGACGGAAGCAACAUUGCUGACCCUAUCGUCACAAACGACUUCUUCGAGACACAACAAAAAGGUAAAACAAAAUAUCCAAACCAAUGUCUAGUUUCUACAUUAUCCAAGUCAACUUUAUGACCUUUAUAGACCUGAUACUUUUAUAAACAUUAAUAAAAGUUGAAUAACACUCACCUUGCAGGAGAAUUGCGCUACAAUAACAGUCAAGCAUCGGCUCCAUUCUAUCCACGUCCAAUUCCUCAAGAUAAUGAUUCAGAUCGUAUGUUAUAUCUAUACGGCUCCGACUACACGUUAAACUCGUUGCUGUACCACGCUUAUCAAACUGACAAGCUUACAAUCAAGGUAAGGCAUCCUAAAAUCGAAUUAGUGUUCAAAAAUGUCGAUAGUUAAGGCUUUUAUUACCUAAAAUAACGUAAAAAGAGUAUACUUACAAUUUUUAUGAAAUAUACAUGCUGCUGUAAAAUAUGUUUCCACUGGAAGACAAAUAUCAGUUUCGGAAUAGCAAAAACAAAAUUUUGUAUAAUACAGAGAGAAAUACUCGGCACAUUAUUAUCUCCGAGUCAAGUGUUCUUUUGUAAUUUCACAAAUUUCUGUGCACAGAUCUGUGAAAACGCGAAAAAUUGAGGAAACUGAAACAUAGUACAACAAAGAAUACCCUAAAAUUUAUAGCUCUAUAAACUUUAAGAAAAUUUUAGAUCGAAGAAGCAACAUUAUCAGAACAAUUCAAAGGAUUUGUGAAGACAACUGGUGAUGGAAAGGGCAAAGAAGGCGACUUUGCCAGUUCCAUCUGUGUGGGAACAUUGAUACCUAAAAUAAGUGAAGCUUAUCCAAAUACGACGACCAAGUUCGUGUUGCUGCCUCAUGGUCUGCCGGAAAUGACGUUUGUGGAUGGAGUCAGUUCCAUGGAUUUGAGAAGUAAACUUUAUUUUAAUUUUAUCUUGGUUAAAGUUGCCUUACUUCUAAUAACAUCCGAGUAGACGACUUUCUUGGAGAAUAUUAUUUUUAACUUCUUUUAGCUCGAAUUCUCACGUAUGUGGAUGAUCACGGUGUGGACAGACAGAUUCUGGUGUCUUCUGCUGAUGGUUUGGCUGACAUCAAGAUGAUGGCAGAAGACGGUAGAUUCAGUGGGGAUUUGAAGCUUAGGAAGUUGAAUGUCAGACUUCACAGAAGUGGUAUAGCUGGCGUCGAGCCGGACUCGAUUGCCCAGCUCGCGCCCUUGGCCAAGACAUUCUUGGGUCCUCAAUUGUCAAAGGGACUAAAGCAAGGUCUACCGUAUCCACUGAAGGUAAGCCUCAUGACUAUAAUUUUUCGUGUAUAAGGUAUAGUUUGUGUUUUUAUGUGCAAUUUUAUUUGUUUUAGGGUUCGAUAACCUUUAUUGACCCGAAGCUCAGCCUUCACGAUGGCUACGUGAGAUUGGCUACAGACUUUGAACUCGGUGAAGAAAGCCUAAGAAGUAAGGUGUACGAAGCCUUCGAACGAAUCAAGAACUCAAUCUAG